UCAGUGCUGGGAGCGCUGCUAUGGCGUUUCUCAGACCCGCGGCUCCUCCUCACACUCUCGAGGCGGAGGGAAGGAGGGGUAAGAGGAGGAGGCGAGAGGGCGGCCGCCGCAGCUGCAGAGCCGGGGCCAGAGGAGGAGGCGGAGCGGGAGCCGCCGCAGCCACCCGGGCCGCCGCCGCCCCCCGCAGCCGCUGGGCUGCUCUGAGUCCUCUCCGGGCUUGAGGGCACGCGGGGCGCCCCAGCCAUGCCCCGCAGCGGCAGCUGAGCCGGGCGCCGGCCCCCUUCCUCCGGGCCGCCCCAGCCGCCGCGCCCCCCGGCUGCCCGCGGCUGGAGCUGCCCAGCGCCUCCCGCGCGCCCCAGACCGCGAGCGCGAGCAGCGGCAGCCGCCGAGGCGCGGGUGGUGCGGGCGGCGGCGGCGGGGGAGCGCGGGACAGGAGGCGGCGGGGAAGAUGGACCCGGCGCCCUCGCUGGGCUGCAGCCUCAAGGAUGUGAAGUGGAGCUCGGUGGCGGUGCCGCUCGACCUGCUAGUCAGCACUUACCGGCUGCCCCAGAUCGCGCGGCUGGACAACGGAGAGUGCAUAGAAGGGCUGCGGGAAAAUGACUACCUGCUGAUUCAUUCCUGCCGUCAGUGGACCACCAUCACUGCCCACAGCUUGGAGGAGGGCCACUAUGUCAUUGGGCCAAAGAUAGAGAUUCCAGUACAUUAUGCAGGGCAAUUCAAGCUGCUGGAACAAGACCGAGAUAUAAAGGAGCCAGUGCAAUAUUUCAACAGUGUGGAGGAGGUGGCUAAGGCAUUUCCUGAACGCGUGUACGUCAUGGAGGAUAUCACAUUCAACGUGAAGGUUGCUUCAGGUGAAUGCAAUGAAGACACUGAAGUUUACAACAUCACCCUGUGUACUGGGGAUGAACUCACUCUAAUGGGGCAAGCAGAAAUCCUUUAUGCAAAGACAUUCAAGGAAAAGUCACGACUCAAUACAAUCUUCAAAAAGAUUGGGAAGCUCAAUUCCAUCAGCAAGCUGGGAAAAGGCAAAAUGCCGUGCCUCAUUUGCAUGAAUCACAGGACCAAUGAAAGCAUUAGCCUUCCAUUCCAGUGCAAGGGCAGAUUUAGCACCCGGAGUCCCCUGGAACUUCAGAUGCAAGAGGGCGAACACACCAUUCGCAACAUUGUGGAAAAGACCAGGCUUCCUGUGAAUGUGACUGUGCCAAGCCCCCCGCCGAGAAACCCGUACGACCUCCACUUCAUCCGUGAAGGGCACCGCUACAAGUUUGUGAACAUCCAGACCAAGACGGUGGUGGUUUGCUGUGUGCUGCGGAACAACAAGAUCCUCCCCAUGCACUUUCCUUUGCACUUGACUCUCCCCAAGUUCAGCCUCCCAGAACACCUGGUGAAGGGAGAGGGAUGGCCCGAAACCCUGGUCCAUCACUGGCUAGGUAUCUGCCAAGAACAGUUCGACAUCGAUGAGUAUUCACGGGCUGUCCGUGAUGUGAAAACCGACUGGAAUGAGGACUGCAAGAGCCCCAAGAAGGGCCGGUGCUCUGGCCACAACCACGUGCCCAAUUCCCUCAGCUACGCCCGCGAUGAGCUCACACAGUCCUUCCACCGACUCUCGGUCUGUGUGUAUGGUAACAAUCUCCAUGGCAACAGCGAGGUGAACCUUCAUGGUUGCAGGGACCUGGGAGGAGAUUGGGCCCCCUUUGCUCAUGACAUCCUGCCGUAUCAGGACUCUGGUGAUAGUGGGAGCGACUACCUUUUUCCGGAAGCUAGUGAAGAAUCAGCAGGUGUCCCAGGAAAGUCAGAACUUCCCUACGAAGAGCUGUGGCUGGAGGAAGGCAAGCCCAGCCAUCAGCCUCUCACUCGCUCCCUGAGCGAGAAGAGCAGAUGUGAUCAGUUUAGAGGUUCUGUCCGAUCCAAAUGUGCAACUUCACCUCUUCCCAUCCCUGGGACUCUGGGAGCAGCAAUGAAGUCUUCAGAUACUGCCCUACCUCCACCUCCAGUGCCUCCCAAAUCUGAAGCCGUCAGAGAAGAAUGCCGGCUCCUGAACGCCCCACCUGUUCCACCCCGAAGCGCAAAGCCUUUGUCCACCAGUCCCUCCAUCCCACCUCGCACAGUCAAGCCAGCGCGGCAACAGACUCGCUCUCCCAGCCCUACCUUGUCCUACUAUUCUUCAGGGCUGCACAGCAUCAGCGUCACUAAAACUGACACAAGUCCUUGUGAAAGCGCUCCUGUUUCCUGCUAUCCAUGUAACCGAGUGAAAACUGAUUCUGUGGACCUGAAAUCCCCGUUUGGAAGUCCUUCUGCUGAAGCUGUGUCCUCUCGGCUCUCGUGGCCUAACCAUUAUUCAGGAGCCUCAGAGAGCCAGACCAGGAGCGACUUCCUGCUGGAUCCAAGCAGGAGUUAUAGUUAUCCCAGACAAAAGACGCCAGGCACACCAAAGAGAAACUGCCCAGCACCUUUUGAUUUUGACGGCUGUGAGCUCUUGGCCAGCCCCCCUAGCUCAGCCACUGUAGACUUCAGUAGCAGCAUCUCUGGUUGUCCCAAGUCAGCCAGCUACUCUCUGGAGAGCACAGACAUGAAAACUCUUGCAGCUGGUGUGACAAAGCAGAGUACUUCAUGCCCUGCCUUACCACCCAGGGCCCCAAAACUAGUGGAAGAGAAGGCUGCCUCCGAAAUAUCUCCUUUGCCUCUGAAAAUUGAUGGUGCUGAGGAAGACCCCAAGUCUGGGUCACCAGAUCUCUCUGAGGACCAGUAUUUUGUUAAAAAGGGCAUGCCGGACACCUUCUCUGCCUCCUACCCUUUCUCAUCUCCGCUCCACCUCCAGCUGGCCCCCCGAUCCUGUGGCGAUGGUUCCCCUUGGCAGCCACCUGCUGACCUAUCAGGACUCUCCAUAGAGGAAGUAUCCAAGUCACUACGGUUCAUUGGUUUGUCCGAAGAUGUCAUAUCAUUCUUUGUUACCGAAAAGAUUGAUGGGAACCUGCUUGUUCAGCUAACAGAAGAAAUCCUCUCAGAGGAUUUCAAACUGAGCAAACUUCAGGUGAAGAAGAUAAUGCAAUUCAUUAAUGGCUGGAGGCCCAAAAUAUAGCCAAAUAACUCCAGCCAGCAUGGAACAAAACUGAUCAAUGUGUGUGCUAGAAGGGGUGGGCUGGGACACAAUUUCAUGUUUUUGCACUAAAAACCUUCUCUGUAAAUAGGGAUAAGAGAAACUCUUACUAUGCAGAUUAUGUUUUUGAAUGGUGAACAGGCUAUUUUGUACAUCAAUAAAAAUGCUGUACAGAACACUUGGAGGUGUGCCUUGUACGUCACUCAACAAACACUCAGCAGCUGCUAAAAGAAAAAAAGGCAUAUGCAGAGAAAUCAUUCUUACCCAAGUAGGUUUAUGCGAGAAGGUAUGAUAUUUAUUACAAAAUAGCCAAAGCUGAAAGACAUAAAAAUCU